UCGAUCAGGUGUUCGACUUUUGAACAGCUUCAAAGAACUGUUUGUCCCGGUGACUCCUCACGCAAGUUAAGUCAAUACUGCAUUGAAGAACGUGAACAGGUGUGAAACAAAAGUGAAUUGAAGUUGUGGCGUUACUAGGUGAGGCAGACACCCCGUAAAAGCCAAGAAGGUCCGGAGGGGGAAACCGGUUACAAGCACCUGGCAGGAUGACGGACAUCGGCGACGAGUCAAAAGUCUAUACCCUUCAAUGAGACAGACAGUGGAUGACGUGGACCGGGCACGUCUCUUCAGGCUAUGUGGAGCGUUUGAAAGGCACGUCUCUGCUGGUGCGAGCUGAGAGUGAUGGUUCCCUACUGCUCGAGUCCAAAAUCAACCCAAACACAGCCUACCAGAAACAACAGGACACAUUGAUAGUAUGGUCAGAGGCUGAAAUAGACCUGGCACUCAGCUUCCAGGAGAAGGCAGGCUGUGAUGAAAUCUAGAAAAUAUGCCAGGUGCAGGGAAAGGACCCUUCUGGGACAUCACACAGGAUGUGUGGACGAGUCCGAGGAGGACGCUUUGAUGAAAUGUCGUCGCCAGGUCUGGAGUUACCGCCAUGUGAACUAAACCGUUUGAGACUGGCGGAGCUCGUGCCUCGCUCACUCCCGUCACCACUGCGACGUGAGAAACUGGCGGCCGUGGAGAAUGAAGGCUACAUUCGGAAGCUCUUGGAACUGUUCCGUUGUGUGAGGAUUUGUGAGAACAGAGAAGGACUGCACCACCUGUACGAAAUCAUUAAAGGCAUUCUUCCUGCUGAAUCGCACUGCACUUUUGAGGUUAUGUUCUCUGACGAAUGCAGUCAUGGACGUCAUUGGUGUCUGGAGUUUGACCCCAGCACCUGCCGCCAGCCACGGCGGCAUCGGUGGUUUCUCACUAAGACAGCCCGAUUUAAGGAGGUGAUUCCCAUCUCGGAUUCCGAACUGCGUCAGAAAAUACACCAUGACCGUAUCGGGUAUGGGCAGUAUAUUCAGGAUAUGGUGCUGCCCACACCCUCUGUUUUUGAGGAAAACAUGCUGUCCACCCUGCACUCCUUCAUCUUCUUCAACAAGGUGGAGAUUGUGGGCAUGCUACAGGACGAUGAGAAGUUCCUGACAGACCUUUUUGCACAGCUAACAGAUGAGGCUACCGAUGAUGACAAAAGGCACGAACUGGUAAACUUCCUAAAGGAAUUCUGUGCAUUCUCACAAACGUUACAACCUCAAAACAGAGACGCCUUCUUCAAGACAUUGUCAAACAUGGGCAUUCUACCUGCACUAGAGGUCAUACUGGGAAUGGAUGAUGUCCAGGUGCGUGGGGCAGCCACAGAUAUCUUCUCUUAUCUAGUGGAGUACAACCCCUCCAUGGUACGAGAGUUCGUCAUGCAGGAGUCUCAGCAGAAUGAUGAUGACAUCCUCUUGAUCAACCUGAUCAUAGAGCACAUGAUCUGUGACACAGACCCAGAGCUUGGUGGAGCAGUGCAGCUAAUGGGUCUGCUACGGACUCUGGUGGAUCCAGAGAACAUGCUGGCAACGGCAAACAAAACAGAAAAAACGGAGUUCCUUAGCUUCUUUUACAAGCACUGUAUGCAUGUCCUGUCAGCUCCCUUACUGGCCAACACCACAGAAGAAAAACCUAGCAAAGAUGAUUUUCAGACAUCCCAGUUGUUGGCCUUGAUUUUGGAGCUGCUUACAUUUUGUGUCGAGCACCACACCUACCACAUCAAGAACUACAUCAUCAACAAGGAUAUUCUCAGGAGGGUACUGGUGCUGACUGCCUCUCAGCACGCCUUCCUGGCACUAUGUGCCCUGCGCUUCAUGCGGAGGAUUAUUGGUCUGAAGGAUGAAUUCUACAAUCGCUACAUCAUGAGAAACUUUCUCUUUGAGCCUGUCAUCAAGGCCUUCCUCAACAACGGCUCACGCUACAAUCUCAUGAACUCGGCUAUCAUUGAAAUGUUUGAGUACGUCCGUGUGGAGGAUGUGAAGUCUCUCACAGCUCACAUAGUAGAGAACUACUGGAAGGCUCUGGAGGAUGUGGACUACGUCCAGACAUUCAAGGGCCUGAAGCUGCGGUAUGAGCAGCAGCGAGAGAGGCAAGACAACCCCAAAUUGGAUAGCAUGCGCUCCAUCCUGAGGAACCACCGCUUUCGACGUGAUGCGCGAACGCUUGAGGACGAAGAGGAGAUGUGGUUCAACACCGAUGAAGAUGACCUAGAGGACGGCGAGGCAGUGGUUCCUCCCUCUGACAAGAUGAAGAGCGAGGAAGAUCUCAUGGAGCCUAUUACCAAGUUCAUGGAGAGAAAGAAAUUGAAAGACACAGAGGAGAAAGAAGUAUUGGGGAAGUCAAGCUUGUCAGGAAGACAGAAUCCCAGCUUCAAGCUCUCCUUCUCCGGUUCUACUACCAGCCUGUCCAGCCCUCCUUCAUCUGCCUCACUGAACCCGGGGUCUCCGGGAUCGCCAGGCUCUCCAGGCUCAGGGGCACGGAGCUCACCCUCCACCACAACUGUAACCACUAGGGGAGGUUUAGUGGGACUGGUGGACUAUCCUGAUGAUGACGACGAGGAGGAAGAAGAAGAGGAGGACGGGGAGAGUAAAGAGGACCCUCUGCCACCUUCUAAGAAGUCCAAACUGAGCUCCUAAGCAAGCAUCAAUGUCUCAGCUGGUGCUCCGCUCAGACAGCUCCAGCGGAUAGACUUCUCACAGGAAUGAUCAAACUUGUAAACAAAUUGAAUGAAUGAAAGCCACCCCUCACCGUCAGCGGGUGGCCAAAAAGAGGAGCGGACUGAAACGGAUACGAAGCCUCCUCAGACUAGCCCAAUUCAUACAAGUGCCAAUCAGGAGACCAGGAGCGAGAAAAAACAGUCCGAAAAGUCGGAACAGACGAAUGAAAGUUGGGGGAGGAAAGAUCUCACUCGGAAGAUCUUCAGCGGACUUGGACAGUAUGAGAUGAGUUGGAGUUUAGUAAUUUAGCAACUGGAGGAAAAGACCACAUACUAAAACACAUGUACACGCAGACUGAAAUCCUAGAGCUCACAGGCUCGGACCAUAACCUACUGCCCCCCCGCCCCCCACUCAGGGAAGGACAUCACAGCGGCUCAGACGGGUCGGCCAAUUCAGACCCAGAACCACCACUCGCACCCCCUUACCCUCCUCCUCAGAAUCCUUCCUGUUCCUUUCUACUUCUUUUUUCUCCUCUGCUGUUUCUCCCUCUCUUCGUCUGUUGCUUUUUGUCCCCUUUUAAGUUAGUAUAUAGGACCAGAUGGGAGACGGCGCGUGGCAAAGAGCUGUCCUUGUUGUCAUUUGAUGAUGUCAUCAGUGUCGUCGUUCCUCAGCGGACGUUCUUUCUCUGAAGAGAAAAAAAAAGCCAGCAGUUUCUUCAUUGUUUUCUUUUUGUUCUCUAUUUGUCUCUCAAUCUUUCUCCUGUUUUUUGUAAAUGACAACAAAAAAGACCUGCCUUUAAAUGUUCAGGACGUUUUCAGUCACACUUGAACAGGUUUUAAAGACCUCAGUAGGUGAGCUAGUUUUACCCUUUUUGCCCUUUGAAACUGCAGAUUUUUGGAGAAUUUGUAAUCCCGUCUUGAUUAAAGAUUGAGUGGAAUUCUAGAUGUGAUGAAUUUUGUCAUAUCUUCUCAUUUUUUUUCUUUUACAUGAGUGUACACUUAGUUGUUCAGAAUAUUUGGGACCAUUAAAAUGAUCUUUGCUGUAA